UAAGAAUUAGACGGUACAGUGUACAGUGGACAGUGUCAAGUCAGUACACACUACACAGUACCUUUGCGAGUACUUUGUGAGUGUUUUUAUUGUGAAUGUGUAGUGUCCAAGAAAACCAUUUAUUGAGUUUGAGUUCAAGUUCAAGAAUUGAUAAGAACGACAAGAUUACUGAUUAGGAUAUUGUCAUGGGAUUAUAUGCAAAUGCAUCUAGAAUAAUUGUCAUAAAUAUUUUGGUUCUAGUUGUUUUAUGCAAUAUCCCGAAUGUCCAAACAGCCCAAACUGAUAUUGCACUCGAUGCAAAAGCUCAAUUGACCCAUCGUUUAGACAGUUUAAAUUUAUUGCUGUAUACGUUUUUGUUGACGCUUACAGUACUCACGAUAUGGCUUUUCAAACAUCGACGUUUGAGUUUCUUACACGAAACCGGACUUGCUGUUAUUUAUGGUUUAAUUGUGGGCGCUCUAAUUCGAUACGCAGGCAGUACAACACAUAUUGUUAAUGUUCCUGUUGCUCCAAUUAAACCAUUUACAGACUACAAUUUAACGUUACCGCCGGAUCAAUUAUCGUUAAAUUUUCCUGUUCCGGAUAGUGGACAAAAUAAAACAUAUGAAUACUCGUUUCGAGGAAUUACUACUUUACAGGACAACGAUUUGGAUUUAAAAGCAACUUUUGAUCCAGAAAUAUUCUUUAAUAUCAUCUUACCACCGAUUAUCUUCCAUGCUGGAUAUUGUUUGAAGCGGAAAUUCUUUUUUCGUAAUUUGGGAGCGAUUUUAACAUUUGCGAUUAUUGGAACAACAAUAUCGUCAUUUGUUGUGGGCGGUUUAAUGUGGACGUAUGUACGAUUAGCGCAUGGUACAGGCGCUGCACAAGGUUUUACAUUUUUGGAUACACUGUAUUUUGGAGCAUUAAUCUCAUCAACAGACCCACUUACUGUUUUGGCUAUUUUCCAUGAUUUGCAUGUGGAUGUUAACUUAUAUGCGCUAGUAUUCGGGGAAAGUGUGCUAAACGAUGCUGUCGCCAUUGUUCUAAGUGGAUCAAUACAAAACUAUGCUGAACGAUAUCAAUCUGGAAGUGGUGAUUUUGAGCCAAAAGCCUUUUUUAAAGCUGUUGGCGAUUUCUUUGGAAUAUUCUUGUUGUCAUUAACAAUUGGGGCGUUAAUGGGAUGUAUUACUGCAUUGAUGACUAAAUUUACAAGAGUUCGCGAUUUUCCGUUAUUGGAAUCCGCGUUGUUUGUAUUGAUGUCAUACAGUACGUUUCUAAUUGCUGAAGCUUCUGAUUUAACAGGUGUGGUUGCUGUACUAUUUUGUGGAAUCUGUCAAGCGCAUUACACCUAUAAUAAUUUGUCGGAUGAUUCACGCACGCGUACAAAACAAAUGUUUGAGCUGUUGAAUUUCCUUGCUGAAAACUUCAUAUUUUCGUAUAUUGGUGUAUCAAUGUUUACAUUUCCCAAACAUCAUUUUGAUCCGCUCUUUAUUUUAGCUGGAUUUUGUUGUGCAGCGAUUGGACGUGCAGCGAAUAUUUAUCCAUUAUCAUAUUUGUUGAAUUUAGGGCGUAAUCCAAAAAUACCGGCAAACUUUCAACAUAUGUUAUUCUUUGCUGGGUUACGUGGUGCCAUGUCAUUUGCAUUGGCUAUACGAAACACCGUAUCGGAUGCACGUCAAACUAUGUUAACCACAACCUCCUUAAUUGUCAUCAUUACUGUCAUAGUACAGGGAGGCGCUGCUAUGACUCUUCUAAAAUGGUUUAAAAUACCAAUUGGAAUUGAUGAUGAAAAUGAAGCGUUAUCUUAUCAAGGAGUUCGUAGUAUUUACAAUUCUUUGGAAAAUACCACAGUGGAUGGUGUAUCGAAUGUGAGUGGAACGGGUGUUGUUGGUGCACAAGGUACAACGAACCUACCAUCACCAACAAGUGGUUCAACAACGUCACAAGGUGACAAGGCUAUGUUAGCUCGAGUUUGGGGUAAUUUUGAUUCUCGCUACAUGAAGCCCUUCUUAACACAUUCACGGCCUACACUCUUAGAAACGUUACCAGUGUGUUGUAAUCCAAUUGCACGAUUACUUACCACCACUGAACAGAUGACUCAGGAUGGUAUUAGAUCAAAUGCGAGAGAUUCUGAUUCGGAACUAUGUCCAGAUGAAGAUUAUUCACGAGCUGAUCGGAACGCACGAUUUAAUAUACCUUGACCCUGCCCCUACCCCGGCCCCUUGACUCCGCACCUGACCUGAGUCAAUCUCGAAUAAUGUUUGAAUUCACAAUUUAGUCAAUGGAUAUGAUUUUAGUUCAAUUUUGAUUUGAUUAUCAGUAUUUUUAAUUUGUUUUUGUUGAUUUUAGUGCAAUUUAAAAUUGUUUUAAGUACAUACAUUUGUAUUUUAGUUAUAGUUACUUAAACGAUAACGUUACCAUUACCGUUACCGUUACCGUUACCGCAUAACCUUAAUUUAAUGAGAAAAUUCAAUCUAGAUUGUUCCAUCUACGAUCCUAUUUUUAAAUGUAACCUUAUUUGAUGUUGAUUUCAUGUAUUGAGGUUAAGAGACAAGUGACAACAACCAAAACUAACCAAAAUGGUGAAAUAUUUCAUCGAUGAACGUGCGUUACGAAUAUAGCAACAGGUUUAACACCGUAACCUUAGAAACAAAACUUUUAAACGCGACAUCUAUGUAAUAAUAGUUAAAGCUGUACAAUGAACUACUAACGAAGUGAUUCUGAUCUUUGGUAACUUUUGAUUACUAUUCAUAGAUGACACUUGUCAUUGAAAAAUAUCAUCGAAAAUGGAACAGUCUUUAUAAUUUACUCGAAUAUUAUUAAUUUCAGCUCAAGAUUAGCUUGUAAUAGUUUACAUGUGUAACAUUGUAACAGCUUAGGCUCUUAGCUCUUAGUCUACAGCAUUUGAUAUGAGUAGAGAAAAUUCAGUUCGUUUCAAGACGAAGUCGGUGGCUAGAGAUUUAUUCAUAAAGUAGGAUUUCGGACGGUAUCAUAGAAAUUUUCGAGUUGUAUCAA